AUGGAAGGAACUUUGGGUAAUGGAGGAAGCUCGGGAAGCGUUGGUUGCUUUGGCACUGGUGGAAGCUCAGGUUUUGGAAACUUCGGUUCUUCAGGCUUUGGUGGUAGCUCUGGCUUAGGAAGUGUUGGUUCUUCAGGCUUUGGUGGGAUUUCUGGCUUUGGAAAUGUUGGCUCCUUAGGCUUUGGAAGUGUCGGUUCUUCAUGCUUUGGAGGAAUCUCUGGCUUGGGAAAUGUUGGUUGCUUUGGCACAGGGGGUAGCUCAGGUUUUGGAAGCUUUGGUUCUUCAGGCUUUGGUGGUAGCUCUGGCUUAGGAAGUGUUGGUUCUUCAGGCUUUGGUGGGAAUUCUGGCUUCGGAAAUGUUGGCUCCUUAGGCUUUGGAAGUGUCGGUUCUUCAGGCUUUGGAGGAAUCUCUGGCUUGGGCAGUGUUGGUUGCUUUGGCACUGGUGGUAGCUCGGGUUUUGGAAGAUUUGGUUCUUCAGGCUUUGGUGGUAGCUCUGGCUUAGGAAGUGUUGGUUCUUCUGGCUUUGGUGGGAGUUCUGGCUUUGGUGGGAGUUCUGGCUUUGGAAUUAUUGGCAAGUUAGGUUUUGGGAGAGUUGGUUCUUCAGGUUUUAGUGGUGCUUUUGGCUCAGGAAGUGGUGGCGGAAGUUCAAGCUUUGCAGGUGUUGGUUCUUCAGGCUUCGGGAAUGUCAACUCUUUAGGCUUUGGUGGUAAUUCAGGUUUUGGAAUUAUUGGCAAGUUAGGUUUCGAGAGUGUUGGCUCUUCAGGUUUUGGUGAUACUUCUGGCUUAGGAAGUGGUGGUGGAAGUUCAAGCUUGGGAGGUGUUGGUUCUUCAGGCUUCGGGAGCGUUGGCUCUUUAGGCUUUGGUGGCAAUUCAGGUUUUGGAAGUGUCGGCAAAUUAGGCUUUGGGACUACUGGUUCUUCAGGUUUUGGUGGUAGUUCAGGCUUGGGAAAUAUUGGUGGAAGUUCAGGCUUCGGAAGUGUUGGUUCCUUUGGCUUUGGAAGCGUCGGCUCUUCAGGCUUUGGUGGCAAUUCAGGUUUCGGAAUUGUCGGUAGGUUAGGUUUUGGGAGUGUUGGUUCUUCAGGUUUUGGUGGUAGUUCUGGCUUGGGAAAUUCAGGUUUGGGAAGCGUCGGUUCCUUCGGCUUUGGGAGUGUAGGCUCUUCAGGCUUUGGUGGUAACUCCGGUUUUGGUAAUACUGACUUUGGCGGUACUUCUGGUUUAGGAAAUGUUGGUUCUUCAAGCUUCGGCGGCAAUCCAACUUUAGGAUUUACUGGCUCUUGA